AUGAUUUUUAUUGCUGGUAAUAUUUUUUUUAUCUAUCUAUCUAUCUAUCUAUCUAUCUAUCUAUCUAUCUAUCUAUCUCAGCAUAUAUUAUUAUUUUUAUUGCUGGUAAUAUUUUUUUUAUCUAUCUAUCUAUCUAUCUAUCUAUCUAUCUCAGCAUAUAUUAUUGUGAUUUUUUUUUUCGUUUUACAGCAUAUCAGCCUCAAUUGGUUAUUUAAUGCUGACAAGAUUUUUAUUGCUGGUAAUAUUUUUUUUAUCUGUCUAUCUAUCUAUCUAUCUAUCUAUCUAUCUAUCUAUCUAUCUAUUUAUUUGCCUGUCUGUCGCAGUCUAUUAAUAUCUAUCUAUCUAUCUAUCUAUCUAUCUAUCUAUCUAUCUAUCUAUCUAUCAUAUAUAUAUAUUGCUUUUCUCUCUUCUUACACUUUUUCUGUCUUCUUGCACUUUUUAUGGAUUCUUGAACCUUUUCUGGUUUCUUGCACCUUUUCAAUCUUGCAUUUUUCUGUCUUUUUGCACCUUUUCUGUCUUGUACUUUUUUGUCUUCCUGCACUUCUUGAUUCAUGUACUUUUUCUGGCAUUUUGCACUUUUUCUCUCUUCUCGCGCUUUUUCUGUCUUCUUGCAUUUUUCUGUCUUCUUACAACUUUUCUAUCUUCGUGCAAUUUUUCUGUUUUCUGGCACUUUUUCUGGCUUCUUGCACUUUUUCUGUCAACUUGCAUCUUUUCUGGCUUCUUGCACCUUUUCUGACUUCUUGUAGUUUUUCUGGCUUUUUGCACUUUUUCUGUAAUCUUUCAUUUUUCUGUCUUCUUGCACUUUUCUAG